UCAUUUUCCAUCAAAAAACCCUUCCAGUCAUGGCGGACUCCGACAUAGAAUCGGGAGGAACUCAAAACAGCGCUUUAAACGCAGGAGGAAACAACUACCACCUUUCGUCACCGAAAGAACAAGACAGGCUCUUGCCCAUCGCCAACGUUGGUAGGAUCAUGAAAAAGGCUUUGCCCGCCAACGCCAAGGUAUCAAAAGAAGCUAAAGAAACGGUGCAAGAAUGCGUGUCGGAGUUCAUCAGCUUCAUCACCGGAGAAGCCACCGAUAAGUGUCAGAGAGAGAAGAGGAAGACCAUCAACGGCGAUGAUCUCCUGUGGGCCAUGACAACGUUAGGGUUCGAAGACUACGUGGAGCCCUUGAAGGUUUACUUGCAACGGUUUCGGGAGAUGGAAGGGGAGAAGACUUCGGUUGCACGUGAUAAAGACGCUCCUCUUGAUGGCGGUGGUGGAGGCGUCGAUGGUGGUUGUGGGGUGUAUGAGAUGAUGGUACAUCAGCAUCAAGGACACGUGUAUGGUUCUGCCGAGUUCCAUCGGAUGGGUGGUAGGUUGGGUAAAGGUGGGCCGAAGUAGUUCUUCAUGCGUCAUCAUAAUCAUCAUCACUCGACACGUGUAUGAUCGUGAUGAGUUUUAUAACUUUGUUAAAUUUCAGUCCUACUCGAUUUCGGGUGGCCGGGUUAGGUCAUCACUGGGUACAGGUGUAAGCUUUUGGUGACUUUGGGCAAUCGGAGCUGUAGUAAAUCUAUCGGGACAAUUUUGGGCGAGGAAAAGCUGAUUAUGAUAGGACCCUCGUAUUUAUUAGCAAGGACACGUGUACGGUGGGGGAGAAUGUAUAAGCAGUUUCAGGCCCUUGUUAUGCGUCUACAACAUGGAGAACUUAUACUUUAGGGCUGUGGUUUGCGGUAAAAGUACAUAACAUUAGGUUUAUGUUUUAUUGUGAUGAUUGUGAG